AUGAUGGGUAAUGUUUCUUUUAUGUUUUUUCUUUCAGGUUUAACUGAAACAAAGAACCACCUAUUUACUCUCUUCUCUCUCACUUUACUGUGUUACUGUGUGAUUUUGCUGGUAAAUGUUUCUCUUAUCGUGACCAUCAUCUUGGAUAAAAACCUGCAUGAACCAAUGUAUAUUCUAUUGUGCACUUUUUGCAUGAACGGACUUUAUGGAACAACAGGUUUCUACCCCAAGUUUCUCUGGGAUCUGCUUUCUCCUGUUCAUGUGAUCUCUUAUUCUGGAUGCCUUGUUCAGGCUCUAGUAAUAUACACAUUUGCCUGCAGUGAUCUGUCUAUUCUUUCAGUAAUGGCAUUUGACAGAUAUGUGGCUAUAUGUCGACCACUGGAGUACCACUCUAUCAUGUCAAAGCAAAGAGUCUUAAUAUUAGUUUGUUUCUCUUGGGUAACACCUUUUUGCAUUGUAGCCACAAAUAUUUUUCUAACAUCUAGAUUAAAGUUAUGCAGCCCAUAUAUUACCAGACCUUUCUGUGUGAAUUGGACUAUUGUUACACUUGCUUGUUUCCCAGCUGAAACUACUGUUAACAACAUAGUUGCAUACAUUACAAUUAUCAUUUACAUAUUUCAUGGUUGUUUUAUAGUUUGGUCUUACAUGUAUCUCAUCAAAACAUGUGUGAAUUCUAUAGAAAACAGGGCAAAGUUCAUGCAAACAUGUGUGCCACAUUUAACCUCCUUAUUAAUUUUUGUUGUGACAAUACUUUUAGAUAUUAUGCAUAUUCGAUAUGGUUCAAAAGAUUUACCUCAAAACCUUCAGAACUUUAUUGCAAUAGAAUUUCUUGUGAUACCUCCUGUAAUAAAUCCUCUAAUUUAUGGUUUUAAAUUGACCAAAAUUCGAAACAGAAUUUGGGGGAUUUUUAAGAUUCAAAUGAAAUAA